AUGGUGUUAGAUAAUUUGAAGAAAGAGUUGUGUCAUUACUUCUCAAUGCAAGAGAUAUCGAUUAACACUGGGCAAAGAUGGAUCUUAAAUCCGUUUUUAAAUGCAGCUAUAAAUGAGGCAAAUUUAGCAACUAAGCUCAAAGAGAAUCUGCUGGGAUUAUCUGCCAAUGGGAUGUUACACUUGGAAUUCAAGUCUGAAAAUUUGGAUACCUUUUGGUUAAAAAGAAAAACAGAAUACCCGGAAUUAACAACCGAGGCUUUGAAGUGUUUGAUUCCAUUUUCUACCUCGUACUUGUGCGAGUUGGCAUUUUCAUCAAUGGCCCAAAUAAAAAGUAAACUAAGAAAUCGCUUAAAUUUGGAAAACGAUUUAAUACUUAAAGUUGCAAAAACGGAUCCACGAUGGGAGAAAUUGAUUGAACAAACUCAAGCGCAACCUUUACUUUAA